AUGGCCUGCGGCGCCUCGGCCGCCGAGUGCCUGCGGGAGUGGGAGGAGCUGCAGGACGGCUACCAGCGCAUCCAGGACAAUCACAAGCUGUACAAGCAGAAACUUGAGGAGCUAACCAAGCUCCAGGAUGGGAUCUCCAGCUCCAUCGCACGGCAGAAGAAGCGGCUGAAGGAGCUGUCGUUGUCCCUCAAAAAAUGCAAAGCCCACAUGAGUCCCGAACAGGAGGAAUCCGUCCAAGAGACCCAGAGCCUAAUAAAAGAGAGGCAGAACGUUUUCUUUGAGAUGGAGGCCUAUCUGCCAAAGAAGAACGGGUUGUACCUGAGUCUGGUGCUCGGGAACGUGAACGUCACGCUGCUCAGCAAGCAGGCCAAGUUCGCCUAUAAAGAUGAGUAUGAGAAGUUCAAACUCUACCUCACCAUCAUCUUACUUAUUGUCUCCUUCUCCUGUCGGUUCCUUCUCAACUCCAGGGUGACAGAUGCCGUCUUUAACUUCCUCCUGGUGUGGUACUACUGCACCCUCACCAUCCGGGAGAGCAUCUUGAUCAACAACGGAUCCAAAAUCAAAGGCUGGUGGGUUUUCCAUCACUACGUCUCCACCUUCCUCUCAGGUGUCAUGCUGACGUGGCCAGACGGGCUCAUGUACCAGAUGUUCAGGAACCAGUUCCUCUCCUUCUCCAUGUACCAGAGCUUUGUGCAGUUCCUCCAGUACUACUAUCAGAGCGGGUGCUUGUACCGGCUGCGAGCGCUGGGCGAGAGGCACAACAUGGAUCUGACUGUGGAGGGAUUCCAGUCCUGGAUGUGGAGAGGCCUCACGUUUCUGCUUCCCUUCCUCUUCUUUGGGCAGUUCUGGCAGCUCUACAAUGCCGUCACCCUCUUCCGCAUGAUCCAGCACCCGGAAUGCAAGGAGUGGCAGGUCCUCAUGUGCGGCCUCCCCUUCUUCAUCCUCUUCCUGGGGAACUUCUUCACCACCCUCCGCGUGGUCCACCAGAAGUUUCAGAACAAGAACAAAGACACGAAGCAGAAUUGAAGGGGGGCAGCGUGGGGGCCAGGACUGUUUCUCCCCACUGGCUCCAUCUCCCAUCCCCAUCUCCUCAAUG